AUGCAAUCUCUCUGCACACCAGUUACAGAAAGGAGACGAGCGACCCACGCCAUUUCAAAGCUUCUGUGCUCCGAGAUGGCUCAGAACGGCAACGAGAACCAGCCACCGAACUACACCAAGUCCCUGAAUUCGCUGAUCCCUUCGCCAUUCGCAUUCACGCCAGUAGCUCCGUCUGCCCCAUCUUCAAUACCGAACCCAUGCCUCUCACCCUUCUCGUCUGCUGCCUCAUCUUCAUCACCACACUCGCCCCUCUGGCCUGCAGCCGUCCAACUCUCAGACCACCUCUGCAAAGAAUCGACGAUGAACUUCCAUCUUAAUCCAACAGCCAUGACCUGCGUGCUGUACCAACCGCAGCUGCCCACUCAGGCCUCCACUGUCAAUGCCUCCUCGCCCACACGCCACACUCCCUCCUCGUCCUCCUUCUCACCAGCCUUCUACAAGAGUCCGCCCCCCUUCUUCAUUACAACAACCACCUCCUCCUCCUCCUCCUCUUUCUCCUCCUCUUCCCACUCCUCCUCCUCCUCCUCGUCCUCCUCCUCCUCUUCAGCCCAGCACCCAAAAACGCCGCAUUCCGGAGAAGCCGUUCCUCGACUGUCCGACGCCUCGCCACGAUAA